AUGAAAAAGAAAUAUAAAACUACAUUCCCAAGAGAGAGAAUCAAAAAGAUUAUGCAAAAGGAUGAGGAGAUUGGAAAGAUUGCUUUGGCUACUCCCAUUUUGAUGUCACAAUGCUUAGAGUUAUUCAUGACUGAUUUAGUAUUAAAAGCAUGUACAGUCACACAAGCAAGGAAUGGAAAGAUUAUAACUGUAUCACAUUUGAAAUCAUGUAUACUUUCAGAACCAAUGUUUGACUUUUUAAAAGAUAUCGUUGAAAAGGUACCCGAACAAGACGAAAAGACAGAGUCACGUCGUGGUAGACCAAAGAAGGAAGGAUCGAAUGAAGACGACACAAAAGAAGAGACUGAAAUGGAUAUGGGCGAUGAUGAGUCGUCUAGCGAAGACGAUGAUGACGAUGACGACGAUGAUGACGACGACGAUGAUGAUGAUGACAAGCCAUCUUCUUCUACUACCACUACACCAGCAAGAGGACGUGGGUCUAGGGGUGGCAGAGGAUCAAGAGGAGGAAGAGGUGGUAGAGGAGGUGCUGCAGCUGCUGCAGCUGCAAAUGGAGACACACCACCACCAACCACAAGAGGUGGUGGACCUGGAUCAAGAGGUGGAAGAGGUGGUAGAAAGAAAUCAGUUGAUCAAGGUGCACCACCACCACCAAACGGCGAUGUAAAUACGGUAUUGGAGAAUGGUGGAGAAAUACCUCAACCACCAUCAACACCAAAGAAAAAGAGAGCUAGUAGUAAGAAUGCUAAUGCUUCCUCAUCGACAGAAUCACCAAAAAAUAGUCCAUUCUUGUCAUCUAGUACUGGUGCUUUACCAACCAGCAGUCCUACAUCGGCAACCAUUUCACCUCCAUUAUUUAAUAUGAAUAAUAUUCAACAAUUACAACCUCCACAACUACAACAACAACAACCAAACAUACAAUUCCAACCAUCGCAACAACAACAACAACCAACAUUCCAACCAUAUCAAAUACCAGAAACAUCUAAUCUUUUUGGUAAUAUAUUAUCACAGUCUACAUCUGCCAUUCCUACGACUACAUCACCUCCACUCACUUCAUCACUAUCUUCAUUACCACCACUCACUAUUCCAUCUCUUGGCAGACCACAAUUACCACAACAACAACCACAACAACCAACAAUAAUCCCAGGAUUGCCAUCUGUAGGAGGUGUAAUAACAACACCUGUUGCAGGCAAUUUUUCCUCAAAAUCAUCAACCACGACCAAGAAAAAUAUCAAUUUUGACGAAGAUGAUGAUUUCGAUAGUGAACCCUCAUCAAAUACAACUACUACUACUACAAAUACAAUAGCCGCAGUAGUGGCUCCACAACAACCAAAUAAUAAUAAUAAUAACAAUAACAAAAAUCAUAUAAAUAGUUUAAUGAAUAGUGAUGAAUCUAUCAACACCAGCAUGUCAUUUUCAUCACAUUUUACUUAUCCAUCUUUAUCAAACCAACCUUCAUCAUCAUCUUCCUCCAAUUCUUCUUCAUCAUCAUCAUCUAAAUCUAGUAUUAUGCAUCUUUUAAAUUCAUCAAAUUCCAAAUCAUCAGUCGAAGAUGAAAAUUUUGAUGAAUAG